UCGACCAGUGCGCCGCGCUCCCACCUGCGCUCCGACCUGCGCUCCGGGCCGCACCAUGGGCAACAGCGCGGGCCGCGCGGACUUCGAGUGGGUCUACACCGACCAGCCGCACACGCAGCGGCGCAAAGAGAUGCUCGCCAAGUACCCGGCCAUCAAGGCGCUGAUGCGGCCCGACCCGUGGCUCAAGUGGACGGUGCUGGCGCUCGUGCUGGCGCAGCUGCUGGCCUGCCGCCUGGCGCGGGAGCUGCCGUGGCGCUGGCUGCUCUUCUGGGCCUACGCCUUCGGCGGCUGCGUCAACCACUCGCUGACGCUGGCCAUCCACGACAUCUCGCACAACGCCGCCUUCGGGUCGGGCCGCGCGGCGCACAACCGCUGGCUCGCCGUGUUCGCCAACCUGCCGGUGGGCCUGCCCUUCGCCGCCUCCUUCAAGAAGUACCACGUGGACCACCACCGCUACCUGGGCGGCGACGGGCUGGACGUGGACGUGCCCACGCGCCUGGAGGGCCGGCUCUUCUGCACGCCGGCGCGCAAGCUGCUCUGGCUGGCGCUGCAGCCGCUCUUCUACUCGCUGCGGCCGCUCUGCGUGCACCCCAAGGCCCUGACCCGCAUGGAGGUGCUCAACGCGCUGGUGCAGCUGGCCGCCGACGCCGCCCUCUUCGCCCUGUGGGGGCUCAAGCCCGUGGCCUACCUGCUGGCCAGCUCCCUGCUCGGCCUGGGCCUGCACCCCAUCUCCGGGCACUUCGUGGCCGAGCACUACAUGUUCCUCAAGGGCCACGAGACCUACUCCUACUACGGGCCCCUCAACUGGAUCACCUUCAACGUGGGCUACCACGUGGAGCACCACGACUUUCCCAGCAUCCCCGGCUGCAACCUGCCCCAGGUGCGGAAGAUUGCACCUGAGUACUACGACCACCUGCCCCAGCACCACUCGUGGGUGAAGGUGCUCUGGGAUUUUGUGUUCGAGGACUCCCUGGGGCCCUACGCCAGGGUGAAGCGGGUUUGCAAGCUGGCCGAGGACGGACUGUGAGCCCCUGGUGUCCCGAGUGGACGGACCCCGCGGAUCCCCGGCGGCCGGCUGCCCCGCCUCGCUCCUCUGCCGCCACCAAGCUGCUCGUCACUGCCCACCCCACCCCCAGCCUAGGGCCCAGAACUGGUUUGGUUGCAUUUGGUUCCCACACCCUGGCUGCGCCCGGUCACCCAGAGCCCAGGACCACAUCUGGCCUGGAGAGGCCUGGUCUGCACCUGCGCGGUCGACCCCCGGCCCGGCCCCCCUUUUCUGGGGCUCGGGAGAGAGGCCUGGCCCUGGCCUGGGUGCUACGUGCCCACAGUCUCCACGGGGCUGAUUUUGCUGCUGUUCCCACGCCCUAAAUUCAGUUCAGCGUUUGUUUCCACACCCGCAGAUCAGAUCAUGCUUCCCAGCGGCGGUCAAGGCUCCAGCCUGGCCUCAGAAGGGGGCCCUGGCUCCCCCCCACCCCGCAGGCCUCGGGGCCCUCCAUGGCCACACCAGGUGGCCCUGAAGCCCCUCCUUAGCAGCCUUCCCUCUCCUCUGGCCUGUCCGAGUGCUGCAGACACUGCCCCCCUCAGCCGCACCCCUGCUCCUGCUCCACCUUGAGGCCUUGGCCUGAGGGGAGCCCUCCCGGAGCCCCGGAGGGUUCGGGUUGGACAGGGUGGAUCUGUCUCCCUGGCCAGCUCCCCCAGGACUUGAAGAAAUCUUCAGGGACAGGUGCCGCAGGCCAGAUGGACGGAGGGUAGACAGGUUGGCUGGACAGACAGGUGACUGCCUGAGUGAACUAUAGCUCAGGGGAGGCAGGCUGGUGUCCUUGGUGAGGACCCUGUCCUGACGGGUGGGGGCACAGCUGAAACCUCGGGAAGUCUUGUCAGCCCCUUGGCCCCAGGGGCUGGCGGCAGGAGCAGGAGGGGCACCUGGCCCGACCACGGUAGGUGUGGCCCUGAGGCUGGGGCGCACCCCCUGGACAGGCGCAGAGGGGCUGUGCUAGCGGCCGAGGAGAGGGAGGGCUGGAGGCAGGCCUGUGGCAGCCCUGGAGACCCGGCAGGUGCUGAGCAAGGACUUCCUGCCCAGGGCUGGGAGUGGCCUCCUGUGGUGCCAGGCACCCCCGUCCCCAGGGCCUGUGGGGUGAGGGAAGUGUGGCUUGGCCUGGGCAGGCCCCCCACCCCCACACAAACAGGCUGGCCUGAGUCGGGGGCCCCAGGAGCACGGCUCCUGCAGGUCACCCACCUGUCCAUCACCACCUGCCAGCUCCCCCCACUCCGGACCCUAGGCAGGAUUCCCGGGGCCUAUGGGGGCAAACGCAGCUAGAGAGAGCAGCUGCGGACCCUGCCGCCCUGGGAUACAAGCGCUGCUGGAUCUGGGGCGGCCACUCUGGGGUCCAGCUUCAGGCUGCUCACCCCCAACAGGCAGAACCAUCCUGCUUCUGUCCUUACGGUUGUUGGGAGCACCUGAGCAGGUGGGGUGUCCAGAGCCGGACCGGAGAACAGCGGUCGCUUGACGUCAGCCAGACUGCGGGCCCUGCCUCCUCCCCUCCCCAAGGCCCUCCCAGGACGGCCUGCACACUGCUGAGUCCCUGGGGGACGGGAGGUGGCUCAGCAUUAAGGCAUAGAGCCAGCCCCUGAUGCUCCAGGUGUGGGCAGGACCCAGGGCCCGUCUCCGGGGGAGGUUGUGGGGGUAGGCCCCCUCAGGCUCCCCCAGACCCCUCUGCCCCCCCCCCCAGGCCACCCAGGCUCACUCCCACCUUCCCGUUCAGCGCGGCCACCUGCCAAGGCCGCCUCCUUGUCCCCGCGGCUCCUGGCCAGCACGCUCGAGGGCCGUUACCCAAGGGAGCAUCCUCAGCCCGGAGGGCCCAGAGCCGUGAGAGAGGGAGCCGGAGCCCGGUGUGGACAGUAAGCGUUUAUUACCACGUGGACACAGGCAGCGCAGUGCGUGGGCAGAUGCGCCACGCCGCUGGGGACGGCUCGCCACUGCCGGCCAGGCUGCUAACAGCAUCACCUAGGAGAAAACUCGGAAACCAUCUAAUGAAGCGCGUGAUUCGGGGAGUCCUCUAUAAACCAAAAGGAAUGUACACUUAAAUAGGCAAAUAUAAAAUACAAAAAAGGCGA